GAAGAGAGAGAAAAUAGAUGGACAAAUAAGAGAAAAGGGAAGAAAAAGAAAAAGAAAAAAAAAAGAAAAAGGAUCCAACGAAGAAAAGAACCUCUUUUUGGUGGAAAAGGAGAGAGAGAGAGGGAGUGAGAGAGAGAGAGAGAGGAGUGGAAGGAGUUGUUUGGUUCCUUGGAAUCUAUCUCUCUUCCUCCUCUCUUUCUUUUCUUAAAAUUUUCUCAAGAAAAAACGAAAGAAAAGUAAAUCAUAAAAUUUUCCCGAGAAAAAACCAAGGAAAAGCGAAGAAAGAUAAAAAAGAGAGAGAGAGAGACAGAAGAAAGACGAAUCUCAGAUUUAAAACAAUGGAGUUUGAUAAUAUUGAGUGUGUGUCAGCCUCCGAUGGAUUGGAAGAGGAUGAGAUUCAAGACUCCUAUUUGUAUAAUCACCAUCAAUUUUCUCCAUCAAAGCCUCAUAGUGCCACCGGAAAUAACAAUAACGGCAUCAACAAUGUUAUUGGUCCAACCGCAACUGCGAUCGCUCCUGCCACUAGUGUCCAUGAAUUGUUAGAAUGCCCUGUUUGCACCAAUUCUAUGUACCCACCUAUCCAUCAGUGUCAUAAUGGACACACACUUUGUUCAACUUGUAAAACAAGGGUGCAAAAUAGGUGCCCCACUUGUAGACAGGAGCUUGGAGAUAUUAGGUGUUUAGCAUUGGAGAAGGUGGCAGAGUCACUUGAAUUGUCCUGCAAAUACUACAACUUGGGAUGUCCGGAGAUAUUUCCAUAUUACAGUAAACUCAAGCAUGAAGCAAUUUGCAACUUUAGGCCGUAUAAUUGCCCUUAUGCUGGGUCAGAAUGCUGUACUGUUGGAGAUAUUCCUUUCUUAGUUGCUCAUUUGAGGGAUGAUCACAAGGUGGACAUGCACUCAGGAUGCACUUUCAACCAUCGUUAUGUGAAGUCAAAUCCCCGUGAAGUGGACAAUGCAACUUGGAUGCUCACGGUCUUCCAUUGCUAUGGUCAAUACUUUUGCCUUCACUUUGAGGCCUUCCAACUCGGUAUGGCCUCUGUUUACAUGGCAUUCCUUCGAUUCAUGGGUGAUGAGACUGAGGCUCGUAACUAUAACUACAGCCUUGAGGUUGGAGGAAAUGGUAGGAAACUCAUUUGGGAGGGUACCCCACGAAGUAUACGAGAUAGCCACAGGAAGGUCAGGGACAGUCAUGACGGUCUCAUUAUUCAACGAAACAUGGCACUUUUCUUUUCUGGAGGGGAUAGGAAAGAACUGAAGCUUAGAGUUACUGGGAGGAUAUGGAAGGAACAGCAAAAUACAGAUGCUGGUGUGUGUAUACCAAACCUCGGUACCUAAGACUGUUAUUGAGAAUAUUUUUAAAGAUUGUGUUUGGGAUUUCUUUGUAUUGUAAAAACACGAGCACUAAGUUUAGAAUCUUCAAAAUGGCAAGUUCCUUAAAAGCCUUAAUGUUUGAUUUUCUGAAAGGGGUUUUGCUACUUUAUUCA